AUGGCGUCAGACGAGUCGAGUACACACUCUUUCCACGUCUCUGGCGAAAAGCUGCGAGCGGUACUCGCCCGUGAUGGCUUCGUCCGCAUCGCGCAAGCAUUCUCGCCGGAAGAGGUGCACCCAUUCCAACAAGCUUGCAAGCGCACCGUAGACCUCGCGCGAGCUGGCAAGUGGCCAUACUUCCGCACUCUACCGAAGCAGUUCCCGCCAUGGACCGACGACGUCUCGCAGGGCAUAUGGGGUGUACAGCAUCUGCUGCAUCCCGACAUGCCCGAAAAGGAGACGUUCGAGAAGUCCCACUUUGGUGACACGAUGGUGAAUGCCGUGACGGCGCUGUUGCAGUGCUCACGCGACGAGCUCGUCCUGGAACUGUGCAACAUGCUCGUGCGUCCCGACCGCGACUUUGCGCUGCGAUGGCACCGGGACGACAUGCCUGGUCAAGUGGCCGUGAAGAUGUACCCCGGCGACAUCGGGUUCUACAACAACAACAUAUUGCAUCGCGGUGUGUGCGACAGCAAGAAUGAGCGCAUGACACUGCACGGAACAAUGGGCCUGGUAGGCACGGACACUUCCCGAGCCCGCAAUAUACUCCAGCACGGCAUUGGAAAAUGGGCAGCGGAUUGCGGCUUCAGUGAUUUGCCGCCAGGCAUGGCACAGCUCGCCGAUGGUAUGAAGCAGCGUCUGCUUGCCAUGGGUCAGGGUCACGAUGGGGGAUACUCACAGCAGGACUAG